CUACAUGUUUCCACAGGAACUGGGAACAGGAUGCAAGAGCAGUGCAGAUAAAGGAACACACACAGGACAGCGCAGCAGAGAGAGAGCGAGAGAGAGGACAUGCAGUCGGGCUCCAGCAUCUCAGUUAGUAACCACUGACUCCCUGUAAUGCAGCAGAACUGAUGAUCUGACACUCUAGAGGCACCAUGGCUGCUGGAUUGAGGCCGGUGAUCUUGUUGCUGUUGCUGUCGCUGUUGUGUUGGGGCACAAUGGGCAAAGAAGGAAAAUCCAAGGGAAAGGCAGGCAAGCAAGUUGUCUGUCCAUCCCAAUUGACCCCAGAAGAUUUGGCCGAUGUUCCAGCAAACGCCACCUCCAACAUCUUGAACCGUCUGAUGGCCAGCUAUGACGCAAGAAUAAGGCCUAACUUUCAAGGCAUCCCAGUGGAGUCCAGGGUGAACAUUUUCAUUAACAGCUUUGGGUCCAUCCAGGAAACGACUAUGGACUACAGAGUGAACAUAUUUCUUCGUCAGAGAUGGAAUGACCCUCGCCUGAGACUUCCUACAGACUUUAAGAAUGACGCGCUGACCAUUGACCCCAACAUGUUCCAGUGUUUGUGGAAACCAGACCUUUUCUUUGCCAAUGAGAAAAACGCAAACUUCCACGAUGUCACCCAGGACAACAUUCUCCUCUUUAUCUUUAGGAAUGGAGAUGUGUUAAUCAGUAUGAGGCUGUCCGUGACGCUGUCCUGUCCCUUGGAUCUUAAACUCUUCCCGAUGGACACACAGCUGUGUAAGAUGCAGAUGGAGAGCUUUGGCUAUACCACCAGUGAUCUUGUGUUCAUGUGGCAGUCUGACCCAGUUCAGAUGGAUGAGAUUGCUCUCCCUCAGUUCGACAUCAAACAAGAGGACAUCAGAUAUGGGAACUGCACAAAGUACUACAAAGGAACAGGAUACUACACCUGCAUCGAGGUCAUUUUCAAAUUGCGUCGGCAGGUUGGUUUCUACUUGAUGGGAGUUUAUGCUCCAACUCUGCUGAUUGUUGUUUUGUCCUGGUUAUCAUUCUGGAUCAACCCUGACGCCUCAGCUGCACGGGUGCCACUGGGUAUUUUAUCAGUCCUGUCUUUGUCCAGUGAGAGUAUGCUCCUGGCGACAGAGCUACCCAAGGUUUCCUACGUAAAAGCCAUCGAUAUCUGGCUCAUUACCUGCCUCCUUUAUGGGUUCUCCUCACUGGUGGAAUACGCUGUGGUGCAGGUGAUGCUGAACAGUCCCAGACUGAUUGAGGAGGAGAAAGCUAAAAUGGCCACAAAGGAGAAAGCUUUGCAAGAGAAAGAAGGAAAGAAUAAAGCUACAAAUAAAAUUAACAACACAGUGAAUGGGACUGGUGGAACACCCAUACAUGUCAACACUCUGCAGGUGGUAGAAACUCGCUGUAAGAAAGUUUGCACCUCCAAGUCGGACCUUCGCUCCCAUGACUUCAGCAUCGUGGGAUCUUUACCUCGAGACUUUGAACUUUCCAACUUUGACUGUUACGGUAAACCAGUUGAAGUGUCAGGGGCCCUCAAGUCCCAGACCAAAGCCAAAAAGAAACCAGCGCCACCCAAACCCGUCAUACCUGCCGCUGCCAAACGCAUCGACCUCUAUGCAAGAGCCCUGUUCCCCUUCACCUUCCUCUUCUUCAAUGUGGUCUACUGGUCUGUCUAUCUGUGAGAUGUGGAAGACGAGAGCAAGUUGAAAUAAAGUGGUUUGCAUCCUGUAGUUUGUUACCAUACCACUAUUGAAACUACAUUGAACUUACAAACGACAUAGCAAAUUCAUAUACCUAACUAUAUACUGUUAAAAUCCAGAUUUGCAACAUUUCUGAGCCAUGUUUACAGAGCUGCAGAGACCGCUUUGGUCCCUGGGAGUAACUGUAGGCUGUUGGCUUGAGCCCCCUUUAAACCCAGGCAUUAAGAAGAUACUGCAUGUGUGUCUCUGUCAGAAACAGGACAUUGUGCUUGAUGUGAACUAAACCCUGCUGUGGUGAUUCGUGUGCAUUAGAAAUAUAUGCUUUUUUAUAAAAAAGUAAAAGUACUGGGGGUAGAAGUACUGGUCACACUGAGUAUGUUAAAGGGUAACUUUGUUUUGUUUUUCAACCUGGACCCUAUAUUUUUGUGUUUAAGUGACUGAUGUUCUUUAAAAUUGGUCCAGAAUUAAACAAGACCGCUGCAGUAGGCAGUCAGCGAAACCAGUUACAAGGUAUGUUACUGGGCUAUUGUGCUAUUGUUCAGUUAGCGUCCACUAAAGUUCCUGUUGUUGCCGUUGACAGACUCAGAUUAUUAUUCUGUCAGAGUUUCUGACAACAUCAUAUAAAGAAUCCCUAUUAAGAUAGAGC